AUAUUCAAUAUAAUUUACCUAUAAAUCAGUAUAAAUCAUUUGUUCCAAGUGAUUUGUGCCAGAAGUUUGGCUCUUGAGAAAAUAACGUUUACCAACACUAGACUUUCCGUCGGUGUAUUGGAUUCUAAUUUCGUAAUUCACGAAGAAAUUGUGAUUCAAAAUCUACAAUCUGCACAAAAUGGAGCUGUCUGAGGGAGUUAAGGAGCGUCUGGGAGUUGUCGUUGGUGCCGUGCAGACCACAUUCCACUGGGGGUUUGUUCCCCUUGUUUUGUAUUUGGGAUUUGCCAAGGGAGCUGAGCCUGGCAUGCCGCCGCUUUCCAUUCUGAGCCUCUUGUGGCAGUAGAAAACAAAACAUUAAAUUAUACCCCUAUCAUGCCGUGGAUUUGUUUCCGUUUCACGACGUGUGCACCGCAUUUUGGUUCUCAUUGGAUUCCUGGGCCCUUUCGAAGUACCUGCAGUUAUCGGAAAUAAAUUUCUGUUACCACCCAUUAGAAA